AUGGCUCCGAAGCGCAAGGCAAUGCUCAGUGGCAAGGGCACCGUCAAGGCUGGCCGAUCCUCCAAAGUCUCAACCCCGGGACCUGCCACGCCUCGUAGCACGGGUAGCUCGGAACCGGAGCCAGAAAUAGAGGAGGAGGACGAUGAGCUGGACGAGGGAAUCCAGCGCAACGUAGACUACUUCGAUCUCAACAAUGAAGAGUACAAGUACCGCGAGCCGCCUGCCAUUCUCGACAUGGCCUCCAAGUUCUUUGGUGCGCAACACGAACGCGAUUUCACCAGGAUGAAGAUGAAGCCGGAUCACCAGAACAGGCCGAUAUGGAUUCAAGGUGACUUCAAAGUCGUGCUUGAGAGCUUCCACCCACUCGCGCCCCAGGCACAGGACUUCCUCAUCACGAUUGCCGAGCCCAUGUCUCGGCCUACGUUCCUUCACGAGUACAAGCUCACCACCCACAGUCUGUAUGCCGCCGUCUCUGUCGGCCUCAAUCCGAACGACAUAGAAAACACCCUCGACCGAUUCUCCAAGACGCCGGUUCCAGAAAACAUCAAAAAGUUCAUCAAGAACUGUGGUAGGGCUUACGGAAAGGUGAAACUGGUCCUGAGGAACAAUAAGUACUACGUGGAGACUACCGAUGCAGAGGUCUUGCAACUGUUACUCAAGGACCCCAUUAUUGGCCAAAAAUGCCGAGUACAGGGCGCCGAAGAAGUCACGACGAGUGCCCCCAAGAUGUCGGGAUUAGCCAUCGCCGGAACAAAGGAAGCGGCUGGUGUGCGCGAGGCGGAGGGCUUGAGCAACAACAAACUCAAUGGUGGUCAGGGGAGACAAGGCCCUACAGCUGAGGAUGUCUAUACUGCACUGAAUGACGACGACGACGAAGAAGAUGCGGACGUCGUCCAUGCGUUCCAGAUCCAGGAUGAGAAGGUUGGGGAGGUCGCCAAGCAGUGUUUGGAGUUACGCUACCCUGCUCUCGAGGAGUACGAUUUCAGAAACGACAACGCCAAUGCCAACCUGGAAAUUGACUUGCAGCCAGCGACACAGAUCCGUCCGUAUCAGGAAAAGAGUCUUAGCAAGAUGUUCGGUAAUGGCCGUGCGAAGAGUGGAAUCAUUGUGUUGCCAUGUGGGGCCGGAAAGACAUUGGUCGGCAUUACGGCUGCUUGCACGAUCAAGAAGGGAAUCAUUGUUCUGGCUACCAGCAACAUGUCUGUUAUCCAGUGGAGGAACGAAUUUAUCAAAUGGUCGAACAUCAAUCCUGAUGACAUAGCCAUCUUCUCGUCCGAUAACAAGGAAGUGUUCACCGGCAACACUGGUGUCAUCGUUACAACUUAUUCGAUGGUGAGCAACUCUCGAGAGCGAGCUCACGAGUCGGCCAAGAUGAUGAAGUUCCUGCAAAGUCGAGAGUGGGGCUUGAUGCUUCUAGACGAAGUGCAUGUCGUUCCUGCAAACAUGUUCCGGAAAGUCACUGGUGCGAUCAAGGCUCACUCCAAGCUCGGUCUCACGGCGACACUCCUCCGAGAAGACAACAAGAUUGAGGAUCUGAAUUUCCUGAUCGGACCGAAGCUGUACGAGGCAAACUGGAUGGAACUGUCACAGCAAGGCCAUAUUGCACGGGUCCAGUGUGCUGAGGUCUGGUGCACCAUGACGACGGAGUUCUACGAUCACUAUCUCGCAGCACCUUCGCGGAAGAGGUCGCUAUUCUAUGUCAUGAAUCCUAGCAAGAUUCAAGCGUGUCAGUACCUCAUCAAAUACCAUGAAGAACGAGGUGACAAGAUCAUUGUCUUCUCAGACGACAUUUACGCCCUAGAGUUCUAUGCGAAGAGGUUGAUGAAGCCAUACCUCCACGGUGGCACCAGCAACUCUGAAAGACAGACCAUCCUGCAACUGUUCCGGGACUCACCGACAACGAAUACCAUCUUCCUCUCCAAGAUCGGCGACACAUCACUCGAUCUUCCCGAAGCGACAUGCCUCAUCCAAAUCUCCGCACAGUACGGCUCCCGACGUCAGGAGGCUCAGCGCCUUGGCCGUAUCCUCCGAGCCAAACGACGAAACGACGAGGGCUUCAACGCCUUCUUCUACUCGCUUGUUUCCAAGGACACACAGGAGAUGUACUUCUCGUCGAAACGGCAGGCGUUCCUUGUUGACCAGGGCUAUGCCUUCAAGGUGAUUACGCACCUGCACAACAUCGAGAAGACACCGGACUUGGCGUUUGCAACGGCCCAAGACCGGAAAGAGCUCCUGACCAAGCUUCUCAUGGACCUCGAGAAGUCCGCCGCAGUCUAUGACAGGGAGGAAAAUGGUCUGGCAGCGGAAGGCAACAUGUUCUACGGUCCCGAUGGAAAGCCGCUUCGGAAGGCGGGGGCCAAGAAGAAGAACUACGUGAGGAGGACUGCGGGAGCGCUGAGUGACCUGAGUGGUGGACAAGACAUGGCCUACGUGGAACAGAACAAGAGCGCGAAUAGGGCCAUGACAAAGAAGAAGAAAGGACCACAGAGCGACUUCUUCAAGAAGGUUGCCAGAGACAAUGAUAGACGGAGGAAGGCGGCGGCAGAAGAAAGUCGAUAG